AAAAAGCACUAACUUUCAUAAUGAAACUUUUUUAUCACAAGGAAUCUCCUUGACAAAUUAGCAAUUAACCAAAAUAACUAAAUAAGUCUCAAAAUGUCAAAACUACCCCUAAUCCGCCAUUAACACCGACAGAAAAAGCCUUCUCUUUCACACUCUCUUGUCUCCACUCACUCACAGACUAAAAAUGUCUUCCCUGCGUUUGCGUUUAUGUCUUCUCCUACUCUUACCAAUCGCGAUUAGCUGCGCCACAGUCACUCUCACUGACCUCCCCACAUUUCGAGAAGCUCCGGCGUUUCGAAACGGCAGAGAAUGCUCCAGAACAGCUUGGUCACCGUCGGAUCGCGAUCACAAUCCUUCAAUCAUCCACAUCGCUAUGACUCUCGACGCUAUUUACCUCCGUGGCUCAGUCGCUGGCGUCUUCUCCGUUCUCCAACACGCUUCUUGUCCUGAAAACAUCGUUUUCCACUUCAUCGCCACUCACCGUCGCAGCGCCGAUCUCCGCCGCAUAAUCUCAUCAACAUUCCCUUACCUAACAUACCAAAUUUACCAUUUUGACCCUAACCUCGUCCGUAGCAAAAUCUCUUCCUCGAUUCGUCGUGCUUUAGACCAACCUUUAAACUACGCUCGGAUCUACCUCGCCGAUCUCCUCCCAAUCGCCGUCCACCGCAUAAUCUACUUCGACUCCGAUCUCGUUGUCGUCGACGACGUGGCAAAACUCUGGAGAAUCGAUCUACGUCGUCACGUCGUCGGAGCUCCAGAGCACUGUCACGCGAAUUUCACUAAUUACUUCACUUCAAGAUUCUGGUCGAGUCAAGGUUUCAAAGCGGCGUUGAAAGGAAGGAGACCGUGUUAUUUCAACACCGGAGUGAUGGUGAUUGAUCUCGGAAAAUGGAGAGAGAGGAGAGUCACGGUGAAGCUUGAGACAUGGAUGAGGAUUCAAAAACGACAUCGUAUUUAUGAAUUGGGAUCUUUGCCUCCGUUUCUGCUUGUAUUCGCCGGAGAUGUUGAGCCGGUGGAGCAUAGGUGGAAUCAGCAUGGUCUUGGCGGUGAUAACUUGGAGGGGCUGUGCCGGAAUCUGCAUCCAGGUCCGGUGAGUUUGUUGCAUUGGAGCGGGAAAGGGAAACCAUGGCUAAGGCUUGACUCGAGACGACCGUGUCCGUUGGAUUCGUUAUGGGCUCCGUAUGAUCUGUUUCGGUACUCACCGUUGAUCUCUGAUAGCUGAUUGUCACAUCGGACGGUGAGGAAGACGCGGCUGUGUUUUGCUGACGUGGAAGAAAGCUAUUUUGAUCGGCGGUAAUAAAAUACGCGUGGGUGAAGCCACGUGGCAGAUGAUCGAAGAGGUGGUCGGUGUUGAUCCGACGGUGUAUAACCAUUCAUGUGAUAAUUGUUAAUUUUUACAGGCAAGUGUAAUCGUCUAAUCGAAAAGAAGAAAGUGAACGAGAAGAGUUAAGACAGGAUCGAUUGAAAUGUAUGUGUUUAACAAAAAGAGCUAUGUCUAUGUAACGAUGAGUUACAAUGAGAUGUGUCUCCCUCUUGACUUCGUUUUACUUCAAUUUAUAAUUUAUUUCUCUAAUUUGAAGA